UUGUACCACCAUCUCUCCCAGCUCUGAGCAUAGCCCAUAGAGCCUAGAUACCAUGGUGAGGAGAACGACGUUGCUUGUGCUCGCUGCGUCGUGCACAGUCGGAUAUACACGGACAUUUACGGUGUUAAACGCUUGUCCAUUUACGAUAUGGCCCGCGAUGUUUACGGAUCUCACGGCCGGCACUGCUGUACCAGACUUUGCGACCGGAUGGGAAGCGGCGCCAUCCACCUCUGUCUCCUUCACCGUCCCGGAUAAUUGGACUGCCGGACGCAUUUGGGGGCGACGAGACUGCAAUUUCAAUAUCACGACUGGGCCCACUUGCCUCACCGGCUGGUGUAACGGAGGAUUACUGUGCGACCCGCAUACAGGAACGGGCGUGCCUCCAGCAUCAGUUGCUGAAUGGACAUUGCAAGGGAGCGGCAACCAAGACUUCUACGAUGUAUCAUUAGUGGAUGGAUACGACCUUCCAAUAAGCAUAACGAACAAUGUGGGGUGCCCAGUCGCUGACUGCACGGUAGACUUGGGACCCAUCUGCCCUCAACCCAUACAAGGGCCAUUCGACAGCACCGGCUUCGCAGUCGGUUGCAAAUCAGCCUGUUUUGCAAACCUAGAUGGGGACCCAACCAACUCGCCAAACUGCUGCUCGGGCAGUUUUGACACGGCCGCGACGUGUCCCUCAUCUGGCGUAGAGUUUUACAGCUUCUUUAAGGGGAACUGCCCAGAUGCCUACGCUUAUGCAUUUGACGAAUCCUCAGGCACGGCGCUAUGGAUGUGUGAUUCAGGUCUGAAUGCGGACUACACUCUGACCUUCUGUCCAUCACCGAACGGAACGACGUCCGCGCUUGUGUCGUCAUCUGUUGCUUCCGCGCUUCCCACCAGCAUUGCUGCGGGCACUGGGAGUAGCUCCAGCAUUAGCUCUAGCGGCAACCCGACCACACCAAGCUCGAUUGCUCCGUCCAGUGUGCCUGGCUCUGGCCGUGCCCUAAGCGCGGCACUCUGGCCAUGUAUCCUGGCCGGCCUCCUGUAUUUGCUAUUGCAGUGAAAUUGUUCGCAGUAAAUACCGCGCUACCCUCGCACAAUAUGCUGUACUUGUUUCAAGCAAUUUCACUCUGCCCCCUGGGCCUGGCUCCUGAGC